GCAAGGCAGGCUGGCUGCAAGAGAGACCGGUCGGCUCUUGCGCCCCAGCUGGAGAAAGAGAGCCAAGUGGGAGGGCUUGCCCAGGUGCACUUCGAUCUCAGGCUCCUCCUCGGAGGGUGGAGCCCCCCUUCGCAGGCGACACCUGUGCUUUUCUUUUCUUUUCUUUCUUGUCCCAGGCCGAGGACGAUGGCGCCCCGUUGAUGCUGGAGACUGAGCCCCGAUGGAGACGUAAAGAAGGCCCCACAAAUCUGCAGACGCCGGCGCCAUGUCUCAGCGCCAUUCGACCAGCUCCUUGGGAGACAAGGCCGUUCUGCUGGAGCACCAGGUCAGCUCGGAAUUGCGCCUCAGCUCCAACAAUGUGUCCCCACACAGCAAGCGCAGCUCCCUGGGCCCACUGGACAGCUCUGCGUUUUUGGCCGAGCGCUCCCCAUCGCCCACUGGGCCCCGCCGGAUCGUCCUUAGUACCCAAAGCCCAGUUGCCCUUAAGGUGGGCACCCAGCAGCUCAUCCCCAAGGGCCUGGCGGAGGGCCCCAAGCCCAAGGUCCCCUCUCGGCACCAGAGCUUCUCGGCGGCCAUCUUGAGCAAGGAAGCUGCCCGAAUGGACCCCAAGCGCAUGUCGGCCCCCAGCAUUUCGUUCGACGACCUGGAGGAAGCGGAGCUGGACGGAGGGACGCUCAAGCGCAACCUCCGCAGCAUGUCGUACCGGGCCGCCAUGAAGGGCUUGGGGAAUGGCGAGCCUGCAGAACCAUCCAAGUUCAUUGGGGGCGGUCUGAAGCCACUGUGUGAAGAAACCAAUGGCCAAGGAGCCCGAAGCCCUGGAAGGCAGAAGAGAACCUUUGGUCGGAAGCGUAUGAAUCGGCAUGGAGGUUCCUUCAAAGAUGAUCCCCGCCUAUAUCAAGAGAUUCGUGAGAAAGGUCUCAACUCCAUCAGCCAUGAGUCAGAUGAUGACCUCCUAGAGGUGGAAACCAUCCCUGAGGAACCCCCUGCCACAGAUUCCUCCACCAUUGUGGUGAAGAACUACCGGCCUGCUCACAUGACCUGGAGCCAGCUGCCAGAGGUGCAGGAAGCCGGAAUCCUGGAGCAGAUAUCCCCGGAAGAGCGCAAACGGCAGGAGGCGAUCUUUGAGAUCAUUACCUCUGAGUAUUCCUACAUGCGCAGCCUGGAGAUCCUGGUGAACCACUUCAUGAAGUCGGAGGCACUGAAGGACACCAUGAAUCAGACGGAUCACCACCACCUCUUCUCCAACAUUGGGGAUAUCCUGGCUGCCAGCAAGAGCUUUUUUGAGGACUUGGAGAAAAGGCAUCAGGAGAACGUCCUGAUCCCAGACAUCAGUGACAUCGUAGAGACUCAUGCAACUAAUAAUUUUAAUCCAUACGUCAUCUAUUGUUCGAAUGAAGUCUACCAACAGAGGACCCUUCAGAAACUGUUAACCAUGAAUCCUGCCUUUAAAGAGACCCUGAAACACAUUGAGCAGAAACCAGAGUGUGGCAGCCUUCCCUUGAUCUCUUUCCUUAUCAACCCCAUGCAGAGAGUUACUCGCCUGCCUCUUCUGAUGGAUACUGUCUGCCAGAAAACCCAGAUGCAUAGUAGAGCUUACGAAGCAGCGACUCAGGCUUUGAAAGCCAUCAGUAAGCUCGUGAAGAGGUGCAACGAGGGUGCCCACACCAUGGAGAGAACCGAGCAGAUGUACACGUUGCAGAAGCAGCUGGAGUUUGGAAAGAUCAAGAACUUCCCUCUGAUUUCUGCUUCCCGGUGGCUGCUGAAAAGGGGGGAACUCUCCAUGCCUCUGGCGGAAGAAGGUGGAAUUUUCCGGAAGGGCUCUGGACGUGGGAACUGCUAUCUCUUUGUGUUCAACGAUGUCCUGAUCAUCACCAAGAAAAAGAGCGAGGAGAGCUACAUGGUUCUCAACUACGCCAUGCUUGACCAGCUUUCGGUGGACAAAAUUGAAAACCCGGAUACUCCCUCUUCUCCCCCCGGCAAGCCGGGUUCGAGUGGUGCAUUCCGCUUUGGCCACUUGUUCCGUGUGACCAUGAACAAGGACAGCGAAGGCAAGCGGGAGGCGAUAGUGCUGGCCGCGGAAUCCCUGAGCGACCGUGCCCGAUGGAUCAGGGCGUUGAUGCACAGGGAAGACAAGGAGAAGGACACUGCCAACAAAGGAGAUCUCAAGCAGGUGGAGAUUGUACGGGCUUACUUGGCCAAGCAGACGGAUGAGAUUUCCCUCCAGCAAGGCGAUGUUGUCCUAGUCCUGACCAGGGAGGAAGGCUGGUACUUAGGUGAGCGUCUGCGUGACGGCGAGAAGGGCUGGUUCCCGCAAGCCUGUGCCCAGGAGAUCACCAACCGCAGCGCCGUGGAGCGCAAUGUUCAGCGCAUGGAACGGUUGCGCAUAGAGACAGAUGUGUGAAUGCUGGAGCAUGUCGAACAUUAGUCCGCUGGAGCACUUGGGACACAAAGCCAGCUGUAUGGCCUGGGAAGACAGACCUGGGUUACUGACUGCCUCUCAAUGUCCCUCCUGGGUCGGAAGUGAGCUCUUGCCUGGCUUGUAAGGUAUCCGCCGUCCAAAGAGAUGAAUGACCUUCCAGCCGUGCCGCACAAUGGACACACCUUUGUUGGGGGACCACCUGGGUUGAGGCAUCUCCCCGCUUCCCUCCCCCUCCACAAAAGGACACAGUUGUUCACCUGGUUGUCUGAAGAUGGUGUUUCGCUGGCGUUCUUCGCCCCUGCCCUAAAGGUCCUCCUUUGGGUGUUACCUUCUGUGGUCUGUUGUUGGUUGUUAAGAUGAUGUACAGAUAACGUUCUGUCCAGAUUCCUGUCAGCAUCUCAUCGUGGUGUGUUUGUACGUGUGUAUUGUGGAAGCUGCAAUGCUCAGGGAAAACGGGGUUAUGUGACCCACCAAUUAUAGAAGCUGGCUUUUAAUUUUGCAAUUUUCUGCCCCCACCCCCAAACCCGCAGCAACGAGGACACAUUCCUGUGCAAUCAGUUAGAUGUUUGCAGAGCCUUACGCCUCCCUCCACCCUCCUUUGCCAAUUUGCACAGAUGUGGCGAAUCCAAUAUAUGUUCAUGAGCCAUUAAGCCAUUGCACCUCAGUAGUGCUGUGCGAUGCUUAUAGUUGGAAGAACAAUGCCUUUGAAAACUUUUGAAUGGACUCCUCCUAGUCUGAAUACAUUGCGCUGGCACCAUUUUAUUCUUUUUAGCAUGGUGGUUUCCAGUGUGACCUUUACGGUGCAACCCUAAACAUGUCUUGCACAAAAGUCAGCUCCGCUGAGUCCAGUGGGGCUUACUUUUAGGUAAGUGUGCAUGGGCUUGCAGCCUUAUUUAUCUUGGCUGCCUUUUGACGUAUGUCUAGCUUAUGGGCUACAAUGAAUUUGGGUUUAGUGUCUAAUGUUGACUCUUCGGUCUACUGGUUUUAAAAUCAUUUUUGUUCGGGGCUUUUUAAUAAGUGCACCUGCCUUUUAUACAGUAUGUGUAACUCUGUUUUUAGACUUCAUCGUUAACAUACGCCCCCUCCAAGUAGUUUGUUUUCCUGUGUCUGACCACUGUAAUUAUCCUGCGCGUUCUGGAUCUGCAUGAGUCUAGCAAGUGGACUGGUUUUGAUUGGGACAAAUUGCAUUGCUAUAGUAACCCUGUUUCCUGCAGUUCCUGUGAGCUCGGAGGGUAGCUUUAGAAAAUGAGUGGUGCGUCUUGCUGUAUAUUUAAGCUGAUUAAACUCUUGUAUGAUUUGGAA